CUGAGGCGGGAGAAGAGGGAGCUGGUGGGAGGAGCUUGGGCCGGCGCGGUGGGCGGGUCUUCGGCCUGGUCUCCUGCGGGCAGUCGCCCGUUUCCUCCGUUGUCUGGCGAACCAUGGACGUUCAGGCUCUGAAGACUUUGAUUGACUAUUAUUGUCAAGAGAGAUUUUUUCAUCAUGUAGUAAUUGCUGCAAGUGAAGGGAUUAAGAAGUAUGCUGGUGACCCAAUUUUUAGGUUUUACCAUGCAUAUGGCUCAUUAAUGGAAGGUAAAAACCAAGACGCUGUUCGAGAAUUAGAAGCCAUUAAAAACAAACAAGAUGUAUCCCUUUGCUCCUUAAUUGCAUUGAUUUAUGCUCAUAAAAAGAGUUCUAAUCCAGAUCAAGAAGCUAUCCUGGAACUGGAUGCUAACAUGAAAGAACAUCGUAAAACAGCUGGAUCAAAGGCUCUCUACUAUGCAGGAUUAUUUUUGUGGCAUAUUGGUCGUCAUGAUAAAGCUCGGGAAUAUAUUGACAGAAUGAUCAAAAUUUCUAAUGGUAGUAAAGAGGGACUGGUUUUGAGGGCAUGGCUUGAUAUAACUAAUGGAAAAGAAGCUUAUGCUAAAAAAGCACUGAGAAACUUUGAGGAAGGCAUACAAGAUGGAAAUGACAUUUUUGCUAUGCUGGGUAAGGCCCAUUACCUUGAAAUACGCCAGAAUUACUCAGGAGCUCUGGAAACUAUAAACCAGAUAACAUUAAACUUGCCCAGCUUUCUUCCUGCUUUUGUAAAGAAAAUGAAGUUGCAAUUAGCCUUGCAAGAUUGGGAUCAGACUGUUGAGACAGCACAAAGGAUAAUUCAGCAAGAUAACCAAAAUGUGGAAUCCCUGAGAAUGCUAGCCCUUUAUCAUUUAUGUAGGGAGGGAAAUAUACAAGAGGCUGCCAACAAGCUGGGAGAUUUAAUUAGAGCAUUAGAUAUAAUGGAACCACAUAACGCUCAACUUUUUUACAAUAUGGCAUUAACUUUCUGCAGAACUUGUGGAAGGAAUCAAUUUAUCCUUCAGAAAACUCAAGUACUAGUUGAGAGAGCAUUUGGUUUAACUCCUCACGAUGCAGAAUUUGCUACGGAACUUGGAUAUCAAAUGAUAUUACAAGGAAAAGUUAAAGAAGCACUUAAAUGGUAUAAAACUGCAAUGACACUUGAUGAGACCAGUGUGUCUGCACUAAUUGGAAUUAUUCGAUGUCAGCUAAUAGAAGGGCAAAUACAGGAUGCAGGUCAUCAACUUGAAUUCCUUAAUGAAAUUCAGCAGUCCAUUGGGAAAACUGCGGAAUUGACCUUUUUGCAUGCAGUACUAGCCAUGAAGGAACAUAAACCACAAGAAGAGGUCAUUAAUUUGUUAAAUGAUGUCCUGGAUACACAUUUCUCUAACUUGCAAGCCUUACCAUUUGGUAUACAGUACUUUGAAAAGUUAAAUCCUGACUUUUUAUUAGAAAUUGUUACAGAGUAUCUGAAUUUCUGUCCAACUCAGCCUGCAAGUCCUGGGCAACCACCUUCUCUGCUUCUCAGACACUGUACCUCAGUCUUAGAGACUAUUGUAAGAACUGUACCAGGUCUUCUGCAAGCUGUUUUCCUAAUUGCAAAAGUGAAAUAUUUAUCAGGUGAUAUUGAAGCAUCCUAUAGUAACCUACAGCACUGCCUAGAGCACAAUCCUUCCUAUGCAGAUGCUCAUCUUCUUAUGGCUCAAGUUUAUUUAUCUCAAGAUAAUUUUAAAUUGUGCUCCCAAUCUCUUGAACUUUGUCUGAGUUAUAAUUUUGAGAUAAGAGAAUAUCCUUUAUAUCAUUUAAUAAAAGCCCAGACACAGAAGAAAAUGGGACAAAUAGCAGAAGCUGUUAAAACUUUGCAUAUGGCAAUGAGUUUACCCGGGAUGAGAAGAAUUGGAGCUUCAAAAUUUAAAUCCCAAAAGUAUGAGGUUGAUGCAAGUCAUCGUUUGUCAGUCUUUCUUGAGUUGGUAGAUGCCCAUCGCUUAAAUGGAGAACAGCAUGAAGCAGCAAAAAUUUUGCAAGAUGCCAUCAAUGAAUUUUCUGGAACACCUGAAGAAUUGCGUGUUACUAUUGCUAAUGCAGACCUAGCUCUUGCUCAAGGAGAAGUUGAACGAGCCUUAAGCAUGCUCCGAAAUGUCACACCAGAGCAGCCUUAUUUUAUUCAAACCAAAGAAAAAAUGGCAGACAUUUAUCUAAAACAUAGAAAAGAGAAAAAAUUAUAUGCCAGCUGUUACAGAGACCUUGUAGAAAAACUGCCCAGUCCUCAUACUUUUCUUCUACUUGGUGAUGCAUAUAUGAACAUACAAGAGCCUGAAGAAGCCAUAGAAGCAUAUGAGCAAGCUCUCAAGCAGAACCCAAAAGAUGGUAUUCUAGCAAGUAAGAUUGGGAAAGCCCUGGUUAAGACACAUAACUAUUCCAAGGCAAUAACUUAUUAUGAAGCUGCAUUGAAAAGUGGUCAACAGAAUUUUCUUUGCUGUGAUCUGGCUGAGCUUUUACUGAAACUGAAACAUUAUGAAAAAGCAGAGAAAGUUCUUCAACAUGCUUUAGCCCAUGAACCUGUAAAUGAACUUUCUACUCUAAUAGAAGAUGGACGUUAUCAAGUCCUCCUAGCAAAAGUUUACAGCAAAAUGGAAAAGCCUGCUGAAGCAAUCAUUGCAUUGCAACAGGCUCGAGAAUUACAAGCCCGAGUACUAAAACGUGUUCAAAUGGAGCAGCCAGAUGCAGUUCUCACACAGAAACAAUUUGCAGCUGAAAUUUGUACUGAGAUUGCAAAACAUUCUGCUAUUCAGCGAGACUAUGAGAAAUCAAUUAAAUUUUACAAAGAGGCCCUUGUUCAUUGUGAAACAGAUAGCAAGGCAAUGUUGGAACUUGCACGUUUGUACCUGGCACUAGAUGAUCCUGUUGCUUGUCAGCGUCAUUGUGCACUCUUGCUCAAGAAUGACCAAGAUAAUGAAGCUGCUACCAUGAUGAUGGCUGAUCUCAUGUUCAGAAAACAGGACUAUGAGCAAGCAGUAUUUCAUUUCCAACAACUUUUAGAACGCAAACCAGAUAAUUAUACAACUCUAUCUCGCUUAAUUGAUUUACUAAGAAGAGCUGGAAAAUUUGAAGAUGUUCCAAGGUUUCUUUUGAUGGCUGAGAAAUAUAGUGCCAGAGCCAAAAUGGAGCCAGGAUUUCAAUACUGUAGAGGACUUUAUCUUUGGUAUACUGGAGAACCAAAUGAGGCACUUCGACAUUUUAAUAAAGCUCGGAAAGACAGUGACUGGGGUCAAAAUGCUGUUUAUAACAUGAUAGAAAUCUGUUUGAACCCAGAUAAUGAAACUGUAGGAGGUGAAGUAUUUGAAAAUCUGGAUGGAGACUUAGGAAAUUCUACUGCGAAGCAAGAAUCUGUGCGAUUAGCUGUGCAAACAGCUGAAAAGCUCCUCAAAGAACUAAAGCCUCAGACAGUCCAAGGUCAGACACAACUUCGAAUAAUGGAGAACUAUUGCCUAAUGGCAACCAAGCAGAAAGCCAAUGUUGAGCGAGCAUUAAAUACCUUCACUGAUAUAGCAACUUCAGAGAAAGAUCACAUUCCAGCUCUUUUGGGAAUGGCAACAGCAUAUAUGAUCUUGAAACAGAUACCACGAGCCAGAAACCAAUUGAAACGAAUUUCAAAAAUGAAUUGGAAUCCCAUUGAUGCUGAGGAAUUUGAAAAGAGUUGGCUACUGCUUGCUGAUAUUUAUAUUCAGUCAGCAAAAUAUGAUAUGGCAGGUGAAUUGCUAAGACGGUGUCUGCGUCAUAACAGGUCUUGCUGCAAAGCCUAUGAAUAUAUGGGAUAUAUAAUGGAGAAAGAACAAGCUUAUAAGGAUGCCUCUGUGAAUUAUGAAAUGGCAUGGAAAUAUGGCAAUCAAAUAAGUCCAGCAGUGGGCUACAAACUUGCAUUUAAUUAUUUAAAAGGGAAAAGAUACGUUGAUGCCAUUGAUAUAUGUCACAAGGUUCUCAAAACACAUCCAACUUAUCCGAAAAUCCGAAAAGAUAUACUUGACAAAGCACGUGCAGCUUUAAGAACUUGAACCUUAUUCUCCCUAGAUUACUAAAUUGAAACAGACACUAACAAAGAAAUAUGAUUUUAAAUUCUAUUAUUAUUAAGAUUUGGCUCACAUUUGUUUUACACAGAAAAUUUUUUUUCAGAGUUGAUAGUUAUUAUUCUCCAGCAGAGGCUGCUGUUGUAUAGGAAGAGAAAUAUUCAAGUAGAUACAUUCAAGCAUAGGGGAAAUUAAUUGAAAUCUUUUAUUGACUGUCUUUGAUUAAAAACUGUCUCCAAAACUAUAACCUUCCACAAUUUGAAGAGCUAUUUCCUUUCUCUUUAAAAUGUCUUGACAAUCAAGUUAAAACAAACUUAAUGCCAAAAUUUUUAAUGUAAUAUUUUUGUCCAUUUCAUGAAAAUGCACUUAAGACAAUGAGAUUUCUUUUCAGUUAAUAUUUUUAAGCAAUUUCAAUUGUUGGCAUAAAUCCAAAUGUAAUUUGUAAAUAAAU